UAGUUAUUUGGAGUUCAAGCACUUGUUGAGUAACUGCACACUGCUGCGUGUCGUGCUGUAGGCGUCGGUUAGACCACAAUGACAGCUUUAACUUCCUCAUUAAUCCUGAACAGUGUCUGUCUGUCACUCAGCAACUGUCUCCUGUACGCUUGACAGACAGGUGUCUGAAGUCAAUGGCUUUCAACAAUGCAUCUGUCCGCUCAGAAUCAGCAGUGGGAGACUGGAGGAUUGAACACAAUCAAACAGGUCUGUGUGCACCGCUACUGUCUCCUGUCAUUGGCAGUCUGAAGCUUGUGUCUGGAGAUGGCACCAGUGUUGGUACAGUGAUGACACUGCAGUGCCCGUCCAGACACCGUGCAGUGAGCGGCAGUCACAUCUCCUGUGUGUGGAGCAGCAACAGCACACACUGGAUUGGAGGCACACCAGAGUGCAAACCUCUCUCUCGGUUUGAGGACGAGGGCUUCCGCUUGGCUCUUCUUAUAUCCUUCAUCAGCACGGCCAUUGUUCUCUUCAUGAGCAUCAUCUUCAUCACUUCCUGUCUUGUCAGCCUCGUGAGGCAAGAUGAGAGGAAAAAGAUGAAGAGGGCGAGAAAAAGGGAGGAGGCAGAGUUUUGGCAACAAAUAGACAUUGAGGGUCUGGAGCAGCAGACAGAGGGGUUACACAAACACAAAACCAGAAACAACAACAACAACAACAGCACCAGAGGAGAGAGACAGCACACAGGAACAUCCACCACAGUGGACAACCAAACAUUUACCUACAGUGACCUGCACAUUCCCUGCAGGUGUCAUCAGCAAGCCUCCAAUUCUCAGAACAUCCAACUCUCCCUAAAACCCAAUCCACCAGCUGACAACCCUACAAACACACACAUCACCCAUAUACCACAACACUGUCCAUUACCUCUCCACUGUAACAGCUGUGUGCUCACUGUGGAGGACAGACACUUCUAUAGGAUGCUACAUAAAGACCAACGUUGGAAUGGACAGCACUUAUUCAGCCCACCUGCAAUCUCUAUAUGAGGAGGUCAUAUAAGUGAGACACCUCAUAAAGACUAAGGAGUCCCACAAGACCCUACUGAGAAUUUAAACUUUUUGUUUUAAUAAUUGCAAAUGUGUGUUGCUCAGCUGUGUUCAAUUUAAUGCUGUAUUGUUUACUCUGUGCAUGAAAUAACAUUUUAUUAUACUGCAUACUGCCUUCAACAUAAUAUUUACUGUAUACUGCAUGCUAAUUUCUGAAAUAGUAUGCAAUGCAGUGUACAUUAGGCAACAAUGUCUUAAUUAAAUGUUUUUAAUUGUUUAAUAUUGUUAUCCAUGACCUAUGCCACAUUCCUUUAACAUUAAAGAUGCAGAUAAAAUUGUUGCUUGUUUGAGUGGUAUCAUCAUCAAAUGUCGUAUGUAAGGGCACUCCAGAUAAUAUAAUGUAUGACAGCUUGCUUUAACAUGCCCCCCAAAAUUAAUAUUAACUCACAAUAAAAUGUCUAUAAGUGAAA